AUCUCACGUUUCUUAUACUCCCUCCCCCCUCCCUUUAUAUAAAACACCCCUGUUUUCCUCUGUUUUCUUCCUUACUUUCCCCACCUUCCCCUCCCUCUCUUCUCUCCUUAUUAAUACACCUCCUUCCAAAAACUUUCAUAUUUUUAUGUGAUUCUCCCCUUUCUUAAUCAAGGUUUAGAAAGAUUACUUGUUGUAGCAGCAAAGAAUUGAUCAAAAAAAGCAAAGUGAAAAAAUGGACAAAUCUUCAAAAGGAGGAGGAAAGAAAUGUGAUGAAGUUGAAAAAAAAGGAAGUAGCAUGGAAAAAAGCUACUUUGAUGUGCUGGGAUUGUGUUGUUCAUCAGAAGUCCCAUUAAUUGAAAAGAUUUUGAAGCCACUUGAAGGUGUUGUUGAAGUGUCAGUGAUUGUGCCGUCUAGGACUGUCAUUGUUGUCCAUGAUAAUCUCCUCAUCUCUCAACAACAAAUCGUGAAGGCGUUGAAUCAAGCUCGGUUAGAAGCAAAUGUAAGGGUAAUAGGGAAAGCUAGCUACAGGGGAAAAUGGCCUAGCCCAUAUGUUAUUUUUUCGGGGUUGCUGCUGGCACUAUCAUUUCUCAAGUAUGUAUACCACCCUUUCCAAUGGCUAGCAGUUGCAGCGGUUGCUGUUGGCGUCUGGCCUAUUCUACUGAGGGGCGUUAUUGCAGUUAGAAAUUUCACCCUUGACGUCAACAUUCUGAUGCUCAUUGCAGUGGUAGGCACACUUGUGAUGAGAGAUUACACCGAAGCUGGCACUAUAGUUUUUCUUUUCACCAUUGCGGAGUGGCUCGAAUCAAGGGCCAGUCAAAAGGCAACCGCGGUUAUGUCAUCACUUUUGAGCAUGACACCUCAACAAGCAACUAUAGCAGAAACAGGAGAAGUUGUAAAUGUGAAAGAUGUUAAGCUAAACACCAUUCUGGCUGUUAAGGCAGGUGAACUUAUACCCAUUGAUGGAAUAGUUGUGGAAGGAACUUGUGAAGUAGACGAGAAGACUCUAACUGGGGAGUCCUAUCCUGUUCCCAAACAAAAGGAUUCCACCGUUUGGGCUGGAACUGUUAAUGUAAACGGUUAUGUCAGUGUACAAACAACUGCCCUUGCCGAGGAUUGUGCAGUCGCAAAAAUGGCAAGGCUAGUGGAAGAAGCUCAAAACAAUAAAUCUAGUGUUCAGAGGUUAAUUGAUAGAUGUGCCAAGUAUUAUACACCAGGUGUUGUUUUAAUAUCAGCUGGUGUAGCAGUAGUUCCUCUUGCAAUGAAACUGCAUAACAAGCAGCAUUGGUUUCACUUAGCAUUAGUAGUUUUGGUAAGUGCAUGUCCUUGUGGACUUAUCCUUUCGACACCAGUUGCAACCUUUUGUGCACUUUCAAGAGCAGCUACUUCAGGGCUUCUGAUAAAAGGAGGAGACUAUCUUGAAAUUCUUGCGAAAAUCAAACACAUCGCCUUCGAUAAGACUGGAACUAUAACUAGAGGUGAAUUCACCCUCAAGGACUUCCGUUCACUUUCUGACGAUGUUUCUCUGACAACUCUAAUAUACUGGGUAGCAAGCAUCGAAAGCAAGUCAAGCCAUCCUAUAGCAACCGUGCUAGCUGAUUAUGGACGUCCCCAAGGCAUUGAACCAAAGCCUGAAAAUGUGGAAGACUUUCAGAAUUUCCCAGGAGAAGGGGUUUUCGGGAGAAUUGAUGGAAGGGAGAUCUACAUUGGAAACCAGAAGCUAGGCCAAAGGGCCAAUUGUACAGUAGCUUCAACUGUUGUUGAUAGUGAUGAUCAUAUAAAGGAGGCACGAACUUGUGGAUAUGUUUACUCUAGAGGAUCUCUUAUUGGGACUUUCAGUCUCUCAGACGACUGUCGAUCUGGAGCUGCUGAAGCAAUCAGAGAACUAAAAUCAAUGGGCAUAAGGACUGCUUUGCUUACUGGAGAUAGCCGGUCUACAGCGAUGUGUGCACAAGAGCAGCUUGGAAAGACUUUAGAUGCAGUUCACGCAGAACUUCUUCCAGAGGACAAGGCAAGAAUUAUAAAGGACUACAAGAAAGACGGGAUCACAGCUAUGGUAGGAGAUGGUGUAAACGAUGCCCCUGCAUUAGCUACUGCAGAUGUGGGUAUCUCGAUGGGAGUUUCAGGCUCAGCGCUUGCAACAGAGACGGGGCAUGUGAUACUCAUGUCGAAUGACAUUAGGAAGAUACCAAAAGCUAUUAAGUUGGCAAGAAAAACCCGCAGAAAAGUGAUUGAGAACAUAUUUAUCUCUAUCAUUACAAAGGCAGGAGUCAUUGCUUUUGCCAUUGCAGGCCGUCCACUCGUCUGGUUGGCUGUUUUGGCUGAUGUCGCGACAUGCUUGAUUGUGAUUCUCAACAGCAUGCUUCUUCUGCGGGGAUCAGGACAUUCACAUGGAAGUAGAAGGUGCUUUGGUCUGUUCUCAUCAUGUCAUUCUCAUAAGACAAAGCACCAUCACUCUAAAACAAAUCAGCAAUGUUGCUCCAAAAAUGCAGUGCCUCAUUGUCACACAACUAAACCGGCUAAGUCAUGCGCCUCAAAGUGUUCUUCUCAGAAUCAUUCGGCUGCUCCUUGUCAGACGGCUAAUGCCAAGUCAUGUGGGCCCACAAGAUGUUCUUCUCAGAGUCAUUCCGCUACUCCUUGUCAAACUACUGGCAGUAAAUCCUAUUCUAGUGAUAGCCAUGUGGAUCACACUGUUGGAGCACAUCAGAUAUCUGAAUGUUGUCAGACAACUCAUCAACAUCGUUCUCAUGCAGAUGCCCAUGAUACCAAUGAGAAACACUGCCAUUCUGAUGCCCAUGUCCAUGACACACAUGAGAAACACUGUCAUUCUGAUGCCCAUGUCCAUGAUACCAAUGCGAACCACUGCCAUUCUGAUGCCCAUACCCAUGAUACGCAUGAGAAACACUGUCAUUCUCAUGAAGAUGUCCAUGAAACCCAUGAGAAACACUGUCAUUCUACUGAAUGUGCUUCAGAGGUUGAAUCCAUUGAUCCACAUAGCUCUAUUACUUGUCAAGGGAAUGCGUGCGCUGGUGAUGAUGAUUGCCUUGACUUGCUUGAAAGUCAGGCUAGCUCAUGUGUAAAACAUGAUCAUUUAGGAACAGAGGAGCAUCAUCCUCACUCGGGGAUAAAUGAUCAUCAUCAUCAGCAUAUUGAACAUAAGAGUCCUUGUUGUGAGGAAGAUGGGAACAAAGUCAAAUGUCAUGGACAAGACCAGACAACUCCUGGCAAGUGUAGUUCUACCAUCAAGACUAAUCACUCGAGUCAUGAACAUUGCUCGACAGCCCAUGAAAUUCAGGUAGCACAUCAUCAUCAUCAUCACCGCGUUUUAUCACAUGGAUCGUGCCAUGCUAACGCGGUGGCCAAGCACGCGUGUAGCAGUUUGAGAAAGAGGGAGGUCGGGGCGUGUUGUAAGAGCUUCAGGAAGGAGUGUUGCAGUGGUCCACAGGGUCAUAUUGGACCUGCUUUCGGAGGACUCACAGAAAUUGUAACUGAAUAGAACAUAUGCAAUGUAUAUUUUGGCACUACUGUAAAAAGGGGUAAAAAAGAAACCUCUCUUUUUUAUGUUGCUGUGGAAGGGGUGGGGUGAGAGCUAUGAAACACAAUCUUGAUUUUCUGGUAAAAAAAAAUUGGUGCUUUUUUUGGGGAAGUUAGCCUCGGAGUAAUUCACAACAUUUAUGUGUUGGUUUUUCAUAUGUGUGUUGGGCUCACAAAGAAAGCUUGCCCCCUCUGUCUAGAAAUCAUUGUUACUUACAACGA